AUGAUUAUGGAAGUCAAACCGUAUACUGGAGGCACUUUUCAGAAGAUUGGCUCCGAAGAAUCGCACACGGUUGAGACUUACGAGAGGAAGAUUCAUGGAACCGAGAGCUCGGAGCCAUCCGAGCCCGUCCGCCCAGUCUCUCCAGUCUCUCCAGUGAUGCCCGUGGGAGAGCUGGCAAACUCUGACCUUCUUCGACCCGUUGAACCCCUCCGACCAUUGUCGAUCCCGAGAAUCGAGCUCAAAAAGAACACCCCAUCACCGAGAAGCCCAAAAAGCCCGCGAAGUCUCUAUUAUGGAGACGAAUUGGUGGCUGAUGUCGGUGAGCGGCGAUCGAUUUCCCCGAGAUCCGUUCGAUCGGGUCCAAUCUCGCCGAGAAGCAAUGCAAGUGGAGGAUCGGUUGGAAGUCAAUCAGCGAUUCCGAUGAAAAAGGUGAUCACAAAGAAAAGACUUGUCUCGAUUCACGAUGGUCGACCGAUUAGCCCUUUCGUUGAAACGAUCACAUGGGAACCCGCCUAUCCGGAUAGAUACAGCAGUUCAUCUCGUCAUUCAUCUCGUGCCGGUAGUCGUCAAUCAGGCUCUUCGACGGGCUCUCAUCACCAUGGUGGACAUCGAAUUUUGGGUCGAUCCGACAGUGAAUGCGCGUAUCUUAUUGAGAAUCCAUUGUACAGGGAU